AUGGAGCUUCGCAAUUGUAAAAUCACGAGUAAAAGCGGACUGUCUGCGGGCCGUGUGGGUCACCCCUCCGUCCCGCUGGCCGGGCGCUCUCGGGGCGCAGGUCUCCCCGGCGCGGGCUGCGACUGGACUCUGCCCUCUUCCUCCCGGUCUUCAGAGACUACAGAGGGCAAAGAUGGAUCCAAAGUAACUAAACAGGAACCCACGAGACGGUCUGCCAGAUUGUCCACGAAACCUGCUCCACCAAAACCUGAACCUAAACCAAGAAAAAUAUCUACUAAGAAAGAUCCUGGAACAAAGGUUAACAGAGGUGCUAAAGGGAAGAAGGAAGAAAAGCAGGAAGCUGGAAAGGAAGGUACUACACCAUCUGAAAAUGGUGAAACUAAAGCUGAAGAGAUCCACAUCUCCCGCUCAGCUGUUAAUGUCUCAGCCUCCAGAAGUUCCCCACCCAGCACUGUCAGUAAGGGGCAGAUUGAAACAGUGAGAGUUAAGGGUGCAGUAGAAAACUGCCUGUAUGCAGUGACUAGAAUCAGAUAGUGGUGUGGGACUUUUUGUUAUGAAGAGUGGGAAGUUUCAGGUAAGGCGUCUGUGGUUGUUUGAAAAGCAGAAAGCAAUAAAUGCAGCUGAGUGUCACCAAAAUAUAUUCCUGCCUUGUCUGUUCUUUACCCAGUGUUGAAGUAGAUUGUGCAUUAGAACGGCCAAGUAACACAUAUUAGAAGUGUGCGUAUUGGUGGGUAGAUUUUCUUUGGUUGUUUAUCAUAGUUUUAGUAAUAACUGCAUCUUUUCUUUUUCUUCAUUUU